AGAUCUCCAUCUCCUUCACUCCAACUUUUCUUUGUCUCUUCCUUUACAAACAUGGUGGGAACUACAACUACAACUACUUCUUCUUCUUCUUCUUCACCUUGCGCUUCUUGCAAGCUGCUCCGGCGGCGGUGCGCCAGAGACUGCAUCUUCGCUCCUUACUUCCCUCCCGCCGACCCCCACAAGUUCGCCAUCGUCCACAAGGUCUUCGGCGCCAGCAACGUCGCCAAAAUGCUCCACGACCUGCCGGCGGACAGGAGAGCCGACGCCGUGAACAGCCUGGUCUACGAGGCGAACGCGAGGCUGCGGGACCCGGUGUACGGCUGCGUGGGCGCCAUAUCUUACCUUCAGAACCAAGUCGCCCAGCUCCAAAUGCAGCUUGCUCUCGCUCAGGCUGAGAUCGUCUGCAUUAGCCAGAUGGUGGGGCCGCAGCAAUCCCCGCCGUCCGAUCAUCUACUUUUAAACGAUCCGAUGACUCCCAUGGACUGCCUCGACGACGACGUCGUGUCGGCGGUGGAUAACAAGCCGUUGUUUCAGUUCCAGAAUGGACUUGUGGCGCUUCAUCAUCACCACCACCAUGAUCACAUCUCGUUGAAGAAAGAUAGUUUUUACGGGGACAUAAUUUCUUCAUCGUUUUAG